AUGGGCAAGGUUAAAAGCAUUGGGGCUGAGUUUUAUGGAGAGUGUAUGAAUCCUUUUGCAUCUUUGAAGGAAUUGAGGUUUGAGGAUAUGCCAAAAUGGGAAAGUUGGUCUCAUUCUAAUUCGAUUAAGGAAGAUGUAGGAGCAUUUCCUUGCCUUAAAAGGUUUGUAAUAAAAAAAUGUCCAAAGCUGAUUGGGGAAUUACCGAAAUGUCUGCGGUCCCUGGUGAAGCUUGACGUGUCAGAAUGUCCAGAAUUGGUGUGUGGACUUCCGAAACUUGCAUCUCUCCAUGAAUUAAAUUUACAAGAAUGUGAUGAGGCGAUGUUGAGAGGUGAUGAGGUUGAUCUUAGGUCCCUCGCUACUCUAGAGCUCAAAAAGAUAUCAAGAUUGAAUUGUCUAAGGAUUGGAUUAACAGGAUCCUUGGUAGCCUUGGAAAGAUUGGUGAUAGGGGAUUGUGGUGGCCUGACAUGUUUGUGGGAGGAGCAAGGGCUGGCUUGCAAUCUUAAAAGUUUGGUGGUACAACAGUGUGCUAAACUGGAGAAGCUACCAAAUGAAUUGCAAAGUCUCAUGUCUCUGGAGAAUCUGGAAAUAAUUGGAUGCCCCAAACUGGAGUCAUUUCCAGAAAUGAGUUUGCCUCCAAAGCUAAGAUUCCUUGAGGUGUACAAUUGUGAAGGUCUAAAAUGGCUACCUCAUAACUACAACUCAUGUGCCCUUGAACACUUGAGGAUAGAAAAGUGUCCAUCUCUCAUUUGCUUUCCACAUGAUAAGCUUCCCACCACGCUCAAGGAAUUAUUUAUUGGCCAUUGUGAAAAGGUAGAGUCUCUACCAGAGGGAAUGAUUCACCGAAAUUCCACCCUCAGCACCAACACUUGUCUUGAAAAGUUGACCAUUCCAGUAGGGGAGUUACCUUCUACCCUCAAGCACCUUGAGAUUUGGGGAUGUAGAAACUUGAAGUCAAUGUCAGAGAAAAUGUGGCCCAGCAAUACAGAUCUUGAAUAUUUAGAGCUUCAGGGUUGUCCAAAUCUAAGAACCCUACCAAAAUGCCUUAAUAGCCUCAAGGUGCUCUAUAUAGUUGAUUGCGAAGGCCUGGAGUGCUUUCCAGCAAGAGGCUUGACCACCCCCAACCUCACACGACUUGAAAUUGGGAGAUGUGAGAAUCUGAAAUCCCUGCCACAGCAAAUGAGAAACCUCAAAUCUCUUCAACAGUUGAAAAUAUAUCAAUGUCCAAGGGUGGAGUCCUUUCCAGAAGAGGGUUUGGCCCCCAACCUGACAUCACUUGAGAUUGGUGACUGUAAGAAUCUGAAAACGCCCAUAUCUGAGUGGGGCCUCCACGCCCUCACCUCUCUUUCGCGGUUGACCAUUUGGAACAUGUAUCUUCCUAUGGUUUCCUUUUCGAAUGAAGAAUGCCUUCUUCCUACAUCUCUCACUAAUCUUGAUAUCAGUAGAAUGAGAUCCCUAGCCUCCCUGGCGCUCCAAAACCUCAUCUCUCUUCAGUCCCUACAUAUCUCAUACUGUCGUAAACUCUGCUCUUUAGGGCUGCUGCCUGCGACACUUGGAAGACUUGAAAUCAGGAAUUGUCCUAUACUAAAAGAAAGGUUCUUAAAGGACAAAGGAGAAUAUUGGUCCAACAUCGCCCACAUCCCCUGCAUUAAAUUGGAUGGGGAAUAUAUCCAUUAAUUGAAGUGUAAUACUUGGAGAUUGAAAUGCACUAAUUUUGUGGGUUGAGGAAAAGAAACAGAAGCAGAAAGCCAUUCAACCCCCCCUUCCUCACAGUUUGAUCUUAAGAAGAUUGGAGUAGGCAGGAGUGAAAACCUUCUGGUUGACUUUGGAUUUGAACUAUAGUAUCUCAAGGAAGGUGCCUAUACAUAGGUUGAUUUCCUGAUUUCAGUCCUUAGAAGGCUGCCAACGAUGCUAAGGCUUAUCACAGGUUCUAAAAGACAGGCGCUUAAAGGAGAGAGGAAUUCUGGCCCCACAUUGCUCAAGUCCCCUGCAUGGAUGUAGAUUCCGAAUUUUGUUGAUUAACUAUCACAACUUGAGAUUGAACUUCAUAUAUGUAUGCUGAAGCAUGGGAUCAAAGACCAUUCAACCCUGUCCCAUCCUUAGUUUCCAUCAGGAAGAAGGAAAAAAUGCAGGUGGAAUCAAAUGCAUUUCAAUAAUAAGUUUGUGGUCUAUUCAGAUCAAUGAUGAUUCAGAUCAUUGAUGCGAAAAGUAUCCCCUGCUUUCAGAUAGAUGGGGAAUAUAUGCAUUGAAGUAUAAUAACUAGAAAUAGAAAUGCAUUUUGUGGGUACUAGAAAAGAAACAGAAGCAGAAAGCCAUUCAACCCCGAAUCCUUGCAGUUUGAUCUAAAGAAGAUUGGGGUAGGUAGGAACAAAAACCUUCUGGUUAACUUUGGAUUUGAAGUGUAGUAUCUCAAGAAACAUGUGAGACUCUAAAAACGCCCAUAUCUGAGUGGGGCCUCCACACCCUCACCUCUCUUUCCAAAUUGAUUAUUGAGGAUGUCUUUCCAGGUGUGGUUUCCUUCUUGGAUGAAGAGUGUCUUCUUCCUACAUCUCUCACUUCUCUUGAAAUCAGGAGAAAGGAAUCCCUAGCCUCCUUGUCUCUCCAAAACCUCAUCUCUCUCCAUUAUUUUUAUUUUUGUUAUUUCUUUUUUUACGUUUGUUCAUUAUUUUUUCUUUUCUUUUCCAUUUUUACAUUCGCUGUCAAGGUUGAUCCUUGCAUGUUUAGGUCCUAUAAUUUCUGGAAGGGGGGUUUGGCCCCAUGGUAGCUUCAGUUUGGGUUCAAUUUUAAGAAGCUUGAUGCACAUGUUUCUGAGUAGCACUGGUCCACUAGGCCUUUACAGAUGAUGAAAUCAUGCUGCCUGUCCUCUAACUUGAAGUAAGCUUUUUUUCUGAAAGUUUCUACAAGUGUUAUUGAUCUUAAGUUGUCGUGAGCUUUGGUCCUUUUUGCUAAAGGAAGGAUUACAUGUGACACCCAAUGCUUGAAAUCCAGAUCAAUUUUCCUAUCCUAGGACAAAGUUGCUUAAAGGAGAAAGGAGGAAGUUUGGCUCAGGUUUGCCUACAUCUCUAACAUUCAACAACAUGACUUCAUUGGAAAAUAUGAAUUUAUAUUGGAUUGUGUUUUGCCCACUCUGGAUGUUGAGAGGGAGAUCACUCCUCUUUCCUUCACCCAAGUAUGCUUGACUAACCACAGAUGUAGAACCGUCUUUUUUAUUGGUCCAAAUAUAGGGUUCACUUCUAUAAUUAACAGAAACUUCAUUUCUACAUGUAGGAGGGGGAAAAAACAAUGCAGAUGCAAAUUUAAUUCCUAACAUAAGUAUGGUGGUAUGUUAUUGGGCUCAAUCAUAAUUGAUGGUUUUCCUUUUUGAUUAUUGAGUAAACUUGAUAGGUUCUGUGUAAGUUAUAAUUUUCAUGCCAUUGUAUUUCUACCCCCAACACAACUAUUUCUUAAUAAUAAUUUCAAUGAGCACUUUUUAAAGUUUUUGUCCUUGUUAUAUGGAUGCAUGAGGUACUUGAUUCAUAUUAGUAUCAAGAUAGACCCAUUAUAGUUCAUUGUUUGUGUAUAUAACUGUGUUGAUAUAGGGCAUUUCACAUUGGGGGCAAUAGCAUCCCUCUUACCACUCUACUUGGGCUUUAUUACAUUUGUGAUACUUGGGUUAGGUAAAUUCUAUUUUGCUGGCCUAACUCUCUUUUCCUUUAUCCUUUUUUAUUUUAAUACUUCCUGAAUGUAAGCUGGUAGGUGGUGGAAGAAUGAUGGACGCAUUUAAAAUGGAUGGGCUUGAGAAUGUGCCAUACAAUGAUUUCUCUGCUAGUUGAUGGCAUAAAAAUGAGAGGAAUUUUGAGACUUAUGGCUCUCUAAGAAGAACUCAACUCAAUGGAUGUUUGUGUGCUUUUUCAGUUUUAGUGGCUCAAGCAAAAUCAGCUGUCUCUGAUUUUGGAACUUGAUGUAUAUAAUGUAAGAAGUUUGAAGCUCGUUUCUCCAUCCUUGGACAAUUGCAGCAAAUGUUUCUGUAGGAUUUGUUUCUCUAGUUUGAUGAUUUGAACAUUUUUAUUUUCUCAAAAGUUAUAAUACCUCAAGUCCUUGUUUUUUCUUUUUUCCUUUCUUCUUAAAAUGAAAAUUGUGAGAACAUUGUAAUUUCCUUUUUACUAUAGUGGAUUAUUUCUACAA